AUGUGUAACCCUAAGAACUACAGCGAUACUCCAGCCACCUCUAAGAGCACAGUGGAGGAACUCCAUCGACCAAUCCCCUCGUUGUUCCGAGCCCUCACGGAGGGCGACGCCCCUAUCAACAUGAUGGUGGUGUCCUUCCCCGUUGCCGAGGAACUAUCUCACCACGAGAACCUGGUCUCCUUCUUGGAGACGCUUGACGACCAGCAUCAGAACAUGUCAAUCCCCGGCAACAGCAUUCACGCAAGAUACGACACUCAAGAUAACAUGUGUACGGUGGUCUACUUUGACGACUGCGUAUCCAUCCGCCAGUGUAAACUAUACUGUGAGUCGAUGGGAGGGUCGAAGUACCGCUGGUUUCACAACGCCUGCUGUCAGUGCAUCGGCCCGGAGUGUCUGGACUACGGCAGCAAGGCUGUGAAGUGCAUGAACUGUCUGUUCUGAAGACAGGCGGUGGAUGGAUCUAUGAACUGUCUGUUCUGAAGACAGGCGGUGGAUGGAUCUAUGAACUGUCUGUUCUGAAAACAGGCGGUGGAUGGAUCUAUGAACUGUCUGUUCUGAAAACAGGCGGUGGAUGGAUCUAUGAACUGUCUGUUCUGAAGACAGGCGGUGGAUGGAUCUAUGAACUGUCUGUUCUGAAGACAGGCGGUGGAUGGAUCUAUGAACUGUCUGUUCUGAAGACAGGCGGUGGAUGGAUCUAUGAACUGUCUGUUCUGGAGACUGACACCAUAUAUAUGGACCAAACCCAUGGGCGGUUCGAGGGAGGGGCAAGAUGAUGUGGAAGCCUCCUCAACACCCCAUUAGGACCCCCCCCAAUUUAAAAAAAAAAUUAAUAUAUGAAUGCAUUUACACCAUACAGAGCCUUCGGAAAGUAUUCAGACCCCUUGACUUUUUCCACAUGUUGUUACGUUACAGCCUUAUUCUAAAAUGGAUUAAAUCAUUUUUUCCCCUCAUCAUCUACACACAAUACCCCAUAAUGGCAUCACAAUACCCCAUAAUGACAUCACAAUACCCCAUAAUGUCAUCACAAUACCCCAUAAUGUCAUCACAAUACCCCAUAAUGUCAUCACAAUACCCCAUAAUGACAUCACAAUACCCCAUAAUGACAUCACAAUACCCCAUAAUGACAUCACAAUACCCCAUAAUGACAUCACAAAGCCCAUAAUGACAAAGCGAAAACAGGUUUCUAUACAUUUUUGCAAAAACAUAAAAUAUGUAUGACAAAUAAAAAACUAAACAGAAAUACCUAAUUUACAUAAGUAUUCAGACCCUUUACUGUGAGACUUAAAAUUGAGUUCAGGUGCAUCCUGUUUCCAUUGAUCAUCCUUGAAAUGUUUCUACAACUUGAUUGGAGUCAACCUGGUGGUAAAUUCAAUUGAUUGGACAUGAUUUGGAAAGGCACACACCUGUCUAUAUAAGGUCCCACAGUUGACAGUGUAUGUCAGAGCAAAGCCAUGAGGUGGAAGGAAUUGUCCGUAGAGCUCAAGAGACAGGAUUGUGUCGAGGCACAGAUCUGGAGAAGGAUACUAAAACAUUUCUGCACCAUUGAAGCUCCCCAAAAUCACCAUCAUUCUUUUCCUUUUUUUACCCCCUUUUUCUCCCCAAUUUCCUGGUUUCCAAUUGGUUACAGUCUUGUCUCAUCGCUACAACUCCCGUACGGACUCGGGAGAAGCGAAGGUUGAGAGGUUGAGUGCGUCUUCCGAAACACAACCCAACCAAGCCGCACUGCUUCUUGACACAAUGCCCAUCCAACCCGGAAGCCAACUGCACCAAUGUGUCGGAGGAAACACCGUACACCUGGCGACCUGGUCAUCGUGCACUGCGCCCCGCCCAACACAGGAGUCGCUAGUGCGCGGUGAGACAAGGACAUCCCUGCCGGCCAAACCCUCCCUAACCCAGACGAUGCUAGGCCAAUCGUGCGUCGCCCCAUGGACCUCCCGGUUGCAUCUGGCUGUGACAGAGCCUGGGCACGAACCCAGAAUCUCUGGUGGCUAGCCUUAGAACACUGAGCCACCUGGGAGAACCGGCCUCCAUCAUUCUUAAAUGGAAGAAGUUUGGAACAAGACUCUUCCUAGAGCUGGACGUCCGGACAAACUGAACAAUCGGGGGAAAUAAGGGCCUUGGUCAGGGAGGUGACCAGGAACCUGAUUGUCACUCUGACAGAGCUCCAGAGUUCCUCUGCGGAGAAGGGAGAACCUUCCAGAAGGACAACCAUCUCUGCAGCACUCCACCAAUCAGGCCUUUAUGGUAGAGAGGCCAGACGGAAGCCACUCCUCAGUAAAAAGCACAUGGCAGCCUGCUUGGAGUUUACCAAAAGGUACCUAAAGGACUCAGACCAGGAGAAACAAGAUUCUCUGGUCUGAUGAAACCGAGAUGGAACUCAUCUGGGGGAAACCGGGUACCGUCCCUACGGUGAAGCAUGGUGGUGGCAGCAUCAUGCUGUUGGUAUUUUUUUCAGCGGCAGGGAUUGGGAGACUAGUCAGGAUCGAGGGAAAGAUGAACAGAGCAAAGUACAGAGAGAUCCUUGAUGAAAACCUGCUCCAAAGCGCUCAGGACCUCAGACAGGGGUGAAGGUUUAACUUCCAACAGGACAACGACCCUAAGAACACAGCCAAGACAACGCAGGAGUGGCUUUGAGUGGCCUAGCCAGAGCCCGGACUUGAACCUGAUCGAAUAUCUCUGGAGAAACCUCAAAAUAUCUGUGCAGCAACGCUCCCCAUCCAACCUGACAGAGCUUGAGAGGAUCUGCAGAGAAGAAUGGGAGAAACUCCCCAAAUACAGGUGUGCCAAGCUUGUAGCGUCAGACCCAAGAAGACUGGAGGCUGUAAUCGCUGCCAAAGGUGCUUCAACAAAGUACUGAGUAAAUGUCUGAAUACUAGUAACUGUGAUAUUGAAGUUUGCAAAAAUGUCUAACAACCUGUCAGUAUGGGGUAUGGUGAGGUCAUUAUGGGGUAUGGUGAUGUCAGUAUGGGGUAUUGUUACGUCAUUAUGGGGUAUGGUGAUGUCAGUAUGGGGUAUUGUGAUGUCAUUAUGGGGUAUGGUGAUGUCAGUAUGGGGUAGUGUGACGUUAUUAUGGGGUAUUGUGAUGUCAUUUUGGGGUAACGUAACAAAAUGUAGAAAAUGUCAAGGGGUCUGAAUACUUUCUGAAUGCUCUGUAUAUUACAAGCACCGCUACACAACAACCUACCCCUUAGCCACCUCAGUGUAAGUUUCUGGUGUCAUCACUGACCAAACCUGACUGACUAGUUGGUCCAAUAUGUUAAUGAUUGUGGCUGGAUUCCUCUCAGUCAGCUAUCUGACUAUCACUGGGUCUCUUUCAAGUGUCUCUGAAAUGUAAAAUAUUUUCUUCCCACUGAUUAUUUUGUAUUAUUAUUAGUAUUAUUAUUAUAUUGUGUUGCAACUGUAUGUUUCAUAUUUACAUAUGUACUUUAUAUUGAUAAUGUAUUUAUUUUACAAUAAUUAAAUCAUAUUUUUUGUCUCGUGG